GCAGAUGGAAGCUGUGUACUCAGACCAUCACCCCCCUACCCCCCAUGCCGUUCCCCUUGCCAGCUCCCUCCCCUUCCAAACACGCUCAGUAAGGCGCUAGUGAGUCAGGCUCCCCCACACACUAACCCGAGUGCACUACUCCAGCAAAGAAGAGCAUCCAUGAUUCCUGAUCCCUGAACUGAGCGUAGGGCUGCAAAGCCGGAUUAGAGGUGACCAGCAGGCAGCAUUAGCUUCUCCCUUUCCAGCACAAAGGAAGAACGAUGUGCAAAAUCUUUUUCAUAUAGGAAAUACAAGAACUCUUGAAGCCAUCUCUGACAAUGUGCACUCUUUUCUGGUGUUCCAAAGCCCUGUUUCUAUUAAUGUUUUGCAGGUUAAUGAAAAUGUCCACAGCUGAAGGAAAAGGUGAAAUUCUUCCUCCAACUAUUCAGAAAAUCAUUAAGGGAUACAACAAGUACCUACGUCCAUUUUUUGAUAAUGGUCCUGUCUCAGUAGGAAUGAGUAUGGAUAUAGCAAGCAUUGAUACAAUAUCAGAAAUAAACAUGGAUUACACAGCUACCAUAUUUCUUAGACAACGAUGGACUGAUGAACGACUUUGUUUUGAGGGUAAUAAGAGUUUAAGUUUAGAUGGUCGUCUUGUAGAAAUGCUUUGGAUACCAGACACCUUCAUAGUAGACUCAAAGAAAUCUUUCCUUCAUGAUAUCACUGUUGAAAAUCGUCUAAUAAGAAUAUAUGCCAAUGGAACAGUCCUUUAUGCCAUACGGAUAACUACAACUGUUGCAUGUAGUAUGGAUUUGACCAAAUACCCUAUGGACAAACAGACAUGUACCUUGCAACUGGAAAGCUGGGGCUAUAAUAUCAAUGAUGUCCAGUUCUACUGGACCAGAGGAAAUGAUUCAGUUCGAGGCUUGGAGACACUCCAAUUGGCACAAUAUACAGUAGAAGAUCAUUUUACUUCAGUAUCUGAAGCAGUCUAUGAAACAGGACGCUAUCCAAAGUUAGUAUUCCAUUUUGAACUCAAGAGGAACAUCUUGUAUUUCAUACUAGAGACAUAUGUACCAUCCAUCUUGCUAGUUGUACUCUCCUGGGUAUCAUUCUGGAUAAGCCAAUCAUCAGUUCCAGCCAGAAUCUGCAUAGGUGUCACAACAGUGCUUACCAUGACAACUCUCAUGAUGGGAGCUAGGACUUCACUUCCUAAUGCUAAUUGCUUCAUAAAGGCAAUUGAUGUAUACCUUGGUAUUUGUUUUAGUUUCAUCUUUGGGGCUUUGUUGGAGUAUGCUGUGGCUCAUUUCUGCACUCUUCAUCGUUCCAAUUUGAGGGUACUCACAAAGGAUGAGGAUGAAGAGGUUGAAGAAGAGAUUAAUGAAGUACUGGCAAGAAUUGCAAACAAUUGUAAUGUCUCUGACAAGAUUAACAAGGUUGAUUCAAAGAAAAACAUCAAUACCAGCAGUAACAGAAAAGACGACAAAAGUAAACACAGUGGGUGUAGUUCACCAAUGACAGUGAUGAAAAGACUCUUCUGUAUCUCUGACUGCUUCUAUGUUAAAAACCCAUACCACAUAGACAACUAUGCCAGACUCUCUUUCCCAUUAUCAUUUAUCAUAAUAAAUGUAUUUUAUUGGGUGUAUUAUUUGUAUUUCUAAGUAUUUUAAACUAUAAAACAGUCAUCAUGUAAACUUAGGUGAGACAUAAUGAGUAAAGUUGGGAAAGUUGCAUUGGUUUUGUCAGAGUAACGUUUUUAUUCUACAAUGCAUUAUGGUUAGGGCCCUACCAAAUUCAUGGCCAU